UAUCCAUAUUGCUUCCAUUGGUAGCAGUUCUUAUUAUAGAUCAGUCUUUAUUUUUUUACGAAAGAACUGCACUGUAAUAAGUAAGUGUAAAAUGUCAAACAUCACAUGUAAUUAUGCCUUCCCCCCCCUAAGUUUGUAAUACAAUGCUAUUCAUUUUUCAGGUGGUCUAUUUAAAUAACUAAUUUUCAGUAAAUGUGUUAUUUGAUAUACUGUUAUUGUCUGCCAUUUGUGUUGAAUUAUCUGGAAUAUACUAUAUUUAAAUUUGGGUCCAAAUUAAAAUUUGGAAAGCAAUUUAAUAUAUAACAGAUUUUUUUUUUUUUUUUUCUUUUUUUAAUCAUUUAGCUGUACAAACAAAAAAUGAAGCAUAUUAUGUUUGAGUGUGAGCAACUUGUGAAUGAAAAAAUAGCAGAAAAAAUGGUGGAAAAAUUAGCUUUAGAAGAAGCAUAUAAAACUGAAGUUGAUUGCUUGGAAAAUGAUAUAAAGAGGCUAAAAGGAGAGAUUUUGCAGCUCAAAACUGAACAUAAUGAUGCUAUCUUUAAUCAAAAAUUGGAACAGGAAAAAGAAAAACAGGCAUUACAUCAAUAUUAUCAGAAAGAAAUUAAUUUAAUAAAAAAUGAAAAAGUGAUUGAAAUUAAGAAAAUUGGUCUUGAGUUAGACUUGCAAAGAAGACAAGCAAUAGAAGAAAUUGAAAAACAAAAGGACUGUCAUAUGAAGCAACUUAUUCAAGCACAUGAAAAUCUGACUGAGAAAAUGAAAAAUUACUACAAUGAUAUUAUUAAGAAUGAUAUUUUAUUAAUUAAAUCUUUAAAAGCUCAGAUAACAUCGGUCCUGGAAAAAGAAUCCCACUUAAAGGAAAAAGUGAAAAACUUAAAAACUCAAAAUGAAGGUUUAAAUGAGGAAUUAUGUAAAAUGCAACAGUCUGUGCAAAAACAUGAAGAAAAUAUUAACAAGAAUAUUCAUGUGGGCUCAGUUGUGAGAAAUUUACAGAGAGAAAUAAAAAAGUUAAAGCCAGAAAAUGAUAUUCUUUACUCUAAACUAAUGAAGGUUGAAUGUGCCAAGAAGGAUUUGGAAAUGAAAUGUGAAUGUUUAUCCAAAGGUACGCUUGUAAAUAGAGAUCUGGUUCAAAAGAAGAUGAUUUCAAAGCAAAGCAUUCAUAAAAGAAAUAAAAUCAAUAAUAUAAAAGUAUUAGCAAGUACAUCAUCUGAAAAUAAUGAGUACUGUCCAGAUGAAGUUGAAGAUAUAUGCCAAACAAUUACAGCAAUAUUUCAUUAAAAUAAUAUGUCCGCUCCAUUGUAAGUUCAGACAUCCAAAGCAGAUUUUCACUGUAAUUUGACUGUUUACUAUCCAACAUCGUACAUGUAACCACAGCCUGAAAUUUUCCUGUUGUGCCUGAUUUUCAGUGACAGAGCAAUGUUUGAUUUAUCUGAAUAAGCAACAUAUAUAAUGUCGAAAUUUCAAAACACAACAGCCUUACAUUAUUGGAUUUCAGGAAAGAAAUUUCCCUAAAAUUAGUGUAUUUUGUGUGUAACAUUUCAUGGCCCAUUUUUUUUCACAAAGAAAACUGUCUCAGGAAAUUCAUGCCUUGAUUUGCUUCAUUGUUAAGCAAGGGGAUUUUUGAGGAAUUGGUUUAGUCUUGGAGCAAGGUAAUGAAAGUUUUAUUUUCCAGCUAAAUGAUGGCACUUGGCACUGUGGUAAUUGUGGGCCUAAAGAUUCAUAACUUCACAUUCACCCAUCAUUUCCCCCUGACCUCACAAUGUGAUUUCUUUUUGUGGGAAUUCCAUCAAAGAUUUAAUGCAUGUGUCUCUUCUAUUGAAUACUUUGGAUGAACUGAAUACAUGCAUUCAUCAGCAAUGCAUUCUGUGGCAUAUUACAUAAGGUAUCGAAGGAGUUUGUCUAUCGACUUUGAUGUAUACGAUGCAACCAGAGGAGGCCACAUUGAACAUUUUGUUGAAAACUUUAUGUAACCAGUUAUUUUGUAUUUUAAACAAAUUUGUAUUUUUAAGUUAAAAUGUAUAAAUGUUAGUACUUUAAAAUUGUAUAAAGAUAUCCUGUAUAAAUCAA